CCGACGGAGAACCUCACGAUCGCCUGCGACCCGGUGGUACUGGCCCUCAGUGGAGAAGGGUCGGCGGGCAGGGCGCGGCCGCCGGCGCUGCCCGGCCUCCGGCAGACGACCAGGUCCAGCUGUUCAGAGACAACUGAUGGAGGCGUCGUACCUAGCGGGCCGGCCGCCUCGACCCAGCCGGAGCGGCGCGGUUCGUCGCCGGCGAAUGACGGCGCCGCACAGCUGCGCACCAUUGGCUCCGUGCUGGCCUCUCACGACGGCCUGCUGUUCCGCUGCGCCCUCUGUCCGAAACUGUGCGCCAGCGCCGCCCGCCUCCGCUCUCACUUCGUCCGGCACGCGCCGCGCGACGACGAGGCCGACGCUGAGAUGGCGGCGCCGGAGACGGCCGGCGGCAGCCCUGUGCCGGAGGAGAGCGCGACACCAGCGUUGGAGGAGAGCGUGGCACCGGCGCUGGAGGAGGGCGCGGCACCGGCGCCGGAGGGAGGAGCGGCACUGACGCCGGAGGGGGGAGCGGCAUUGGCGCCGCGCCGUCUGCGCUCUGGCCGCGCCGCGCCAGCGCCGACAGCGGUGCCCGCCUCGCUGCAGUGCGACGUUUGUGAUAAGGUGCUCUCCAGUCCCAACAAACUGGCCGUGCACCGGCGCACACACACGGGCGAGCGGCCACACGGCUGCGCCUACUGCCCCAAGCGAUGCAAUGACCAGGGCAACCUGCGCAAGCACGAGCUGCUCCACUUCAAACCGCGCCCAUUCAAAUGCGACUCGUGCGGCAUGACGUUCUGGACGGAGCUGCGACAGCAGGCGCACCGCUGCCGCCUGGCGGCGGCGCGCAGGAAGCGACCACGGUCCGAGUCCGGCAGUGGCUCGGACGGCGUAGCGCCGGACGCCGUGGACGCGCCACUGGUGAUGGACGAGUCGGCGCCGGCGGCCGAGCGGAACCCGAGCUCGGGCCUGCCGCCGCUCCUGCCGAUCGACUGCGGCGUGUGCGGCCGCCGCCUGCUGUCCAUCACCGGCUGGCACCGGCACCGGCGCAUCCAUUCGGGCGAGCGGCCCUUCCACUGCCGCUACUGCGACAAGACCUGCAACGACAGCGGCAACAUGCGCAAGCACGAAGCCGGCCACUUCAAGGAGCGGCCGUAUCGCUGCGAGACGUGCCGCAUCACCUUCGUCAACGCCUGGCGCCUCAGCCAGCACGUCUGCAAGCUGCGGGAGGCCGCGCAGCCGUCGCCUGCCGCGGCAGAGACGGAGGCGCCCGCGCCGGUCGCCCCGCUACCGGCCCACGUGCCGCUGCCCCGGGGGCGACACGCUGUGCCGGCGCCACCAGGCGGCAAGGGCAAACGGCGCGACCACGUCUGUCCGACCUGCGGCAAGGCGCUGCUCUCGUACGCCAGUCUGGAGAUGCACUACCGCACGCACACCGGUGAGAAGCCGUUCCAGUGCGCCCAGUGCGGCAAGCGCUUCAGUAUUCAGGGUAACCUGGUGGUGCACAUGCGCAUCCACACAGGCGAGCGACCGUUCCAGUGCGAGGAGUGCGGCAAGAUGUUCAUGUACCAGAGCCAUCUGAAGGUGCACAGCCGGGCGCACAGCGGCGCGCGCCCGUACCGCUGCCAGUACUGCCAGAAGGGCUUCGCCGCCUCCAGCUCGCGGCGCGUGCACGAGGAGACCGUGCACACGGACGAGCGCAAGUUCAUCUGCGAGAUGUGCGGCGCCGGCUUUAAGGAGCGGAAGCACCUGAAGCGGCAUCGCUGGAAGAAGCACCAGGCCGAGGAGCCGGCGGUGGCGCCGGUGACCUAGGAGCGGCGUCGCUCGCCCUCUGCUCUGCCGUGUCGGCCUCAGCAGCUGGGGACGGGCGGAGCGCAGUUGUGACGGAGUAGUCGUGCGUCUUCGCUCACGUGCUGUCGGCCUUUUUGGCCAUUGGCGUCGGGAAGGUUUUUAAAUGCCUAAUGGCUUGCGUGAUGUAAGGCAUGCCCAAUAUUGAAGUACGAAUCAUGUUGACUUUUUACAAAACUAAGCAAAGUUUAUGCGUUUAGUUAAAGGUAUUUGGCGUGAUUGGCGCUCGGGACUGGUCACCGUGAUUGUGUGUAAUGUGGAUGUGAAAUGUUUUCGCCUGCAUACGGUCACAAUUCUUGAAGAAAAAAACGUUGCAUGAUUGCAAUUGACGAAACAUAUGAAACGUGUUAGUAUUGCAGACAUUACAAUGAUCCGUGUCAAGCGCUUGCGUGCAUCUUAGCCAUAUGUACACUGCAACAUGUGUGUUUGUUUUAAGAAGACAUCGUGUUCUUACUGUUGAAAUGCCCAUAUCACCUACAAUGAACAGCCAUUACCAUUGGCUGCAUGACGAAUUUGUGUGUUUUGCGGACGUACGUGCUACAAAGAUGCGUUUGCAAUAUUAGUUUGUGUAUGUAGAUCCUCUGCAGUAGCAAUUCAGGGUGGUGUGCUUCGUUAGCAGAGUGAUUUAUAGGAACAUGUACGUGGACAUGAAACUGCAAUUGGAGCGUAAUGAUGUGUCAGAUAUGAAGUUUUACCGGCGUAAUAACUUAUCAACUCUUUCCUGGCUCCUUCACCAUGCUCGGACCACAUUGGCUACUGAUUUACAACUCACCGCACUCUGUCAGCUUUACUGUUUUGUACGCAGGUACAUGUCUUCACCGUUUUGUACGCGGCUACAUGACGUCACUGUUUUGUAUGCGGCCACGUGUUGACCCUUGUGCCAUGAAGUGUGUGGCCAGCACUGCUCAAUAAACGCGUGU